AUGCAAGUUUUUACUACUGUUCGGACGAGCAAGAGUAACGGCACCUAUUUAUUAAGGAUACAAUUCCUCGUAGGAAUUAUGAAUAUCGUUGAUAUGGUGGCGAUAGUUCCGUUCUAUUUGGAACUGGGAUUGGCGAUGUUCGGCAUUGAUGUGGCCAGUCUCAGUGAUAUCAAAGGUGCUCUAUUGGUGGUGCGUGUAUUGCGGGUACUUCGUGUGGUACGAAUAUUGAAACUUGGGCGAUACUCGUCUGGAAUGCGAACAUUCGCUUUAACAUUACGCAGUUCAGCACGACAACUCGGAAUGAUGGGCAUGGUGCUAUCUACUGGCGUUGUGUUCUUCUCAACGCUACUCUAUUUCGUAGAAAAGGAUGAGGAAGAUACACCGUUUACCUCAAUUCCAGCCGCAUUCUGGUGGGCAAUUGUGACAAUGACGACAGUCGGCUACGGUGACUACGUACCCGUCACAAUACCUGGAAAAUUGAUUGCCUCUGGAGCAAUUAUCAGCGGUGUACUUGUGUUGGCGUUGCCCAUCACCAUCAUUGUUGACAACUUCAUGAAAGUUUCAGGAAAUACAAAUCAUAUGUUCUCAAAUGCGCAGCAACCGGGCAGGUCAGAAGCGGAACCGGUCACACAGCAACCAUGA